AUGGCUCCCUCCAGGCUUCCGCAGAAGAGAAUCCUGGGCGAUACAACCAGCGCUCGACGAAACAUCCCCUCCUCUCCUGCAUCAGUAAAGAAGCGCAAACUCGAACAAGCAGAACCCACAUCGUCGCCCGCGACGAGAUUCAAGAGUUCCCAGAAUGGACCUCAGGGAAGGCUGGGCUCAAGUCAGCCCAGUCACUUCGAGUCAGAAGUUUUGGAGAAGAUGACCCAGGACAUGGCCGGCUUGAAAAAGAACAAUUCAGAGAAGGAUCAACAGUGGGCGAGACCAAGUCUGGCAGACUUCAAGGAAGGCCAAGACAACCUCAUAUUCCAGCAGAUCGAGUGCGAAGAAGGAACUUUGAAUGGCGGGAAUGCAACAGUCAAGCUGUUUGGUAAUGGCCACUCUGUUAUGCUGCACGUCACCGACUUUCUUCAUUACCUCUAUGUUGCUGCUCCAGUCAAUUUUACACAGCGCGAAUGUGAUGGAUUCAAGGCGUAUCUUGACUCCCAGCUUGCACAGCAUCAACCGGCCAUCCACUCAGUGCAAAUUGUUCUCCGAGAGAACCUGUACGGAUUUCAGGGCAAUCAACAGAACCCAUACAUCAAGAUCACUGUCACUGAUCCAAAAUUUAUCAACAAAGUCAGGAGUACAAUUGAGGGAGGGACUGCGAAUUACAAGGGCAUGUGGAAGGGAAGUGGAGACGGGGGCAUCUUGACGUUCGACAGCAUUGCAUACGUUUUACGAUUCAUGAUUGACUGCAAGAUCUUGGGAAUGUCUUGGGUUGAGGUUGCAGCAGAAAACUACACAAUGAUCCCACACAAUGAACGGCAUUCGAAUUGUCAAAUCGAGGCACACGUUUCGUACCGAGAUCUGAUAGCUCACAAGCCGGAAGGAGAAUGGGCCAAGAUGGCGCCUCUCCGGAUUCUUUCCUUUGAUAUCGAGUGUGCUGGUCGCAAAGGUAUCUUCCCAGAAGCCAACUACGAUCCAGUCAUCCAAAUCGCCAAUGUUGUCACAAGAUACGGAGAGAAAAAGCCAUUCGUACGGAACGUGUUCUGUUUAGACAACACCAGUCCCAUCGUCAACACUCAGCUUUUCGAGUUCAGCAGCGAAGAGAAGAUGCUCACAAAAUGGAGAGAUUUCAUGGAGGAGGUCGAUCCGGACAUCAUAAUCGGCUACAAUAUCUGUAACUUCGAUUUUCCAUACUUGCUUGACAGGGCGAAGCAUUUGAAGGUCAAAGAUUUUGAUAAAUGGACCCGGCUGAACAGUGCGAGAUCAGCUGCGAAGGAGACCAACUUCUCCAGCAAACAGAUGGGCAAUCGAGAUACCAAAGCAACCAAUACUAAUGGUCGGCUACAACUUGACCUUUUGCAGCUUGUACAGAGAGACCAUCAACUUAGAAGUUAUACCCUCAACUCUGUCUGUGCGCAAUUCCUCGGCGAGCAGAAGGAAGAUGUGCACCACACAAUGAUCACGGAAUUAUUCAAUGGUACUCCAGAAUCCAGGCGGCGUCUGGCAGUCUAUUGUCUGAAGGAUGCGUAUCUGCCCCAACGACUGAUGGACAAACUUUCAUGUCUCGAAAAUUACACCGAAAUGUCAAGAGUCACAGGUGUACCUUUCAACUAUCUCCUUUCCCGUGGUCAGCAAGUCAAAUUCGUCAGCCAGCUGUUCCGAAAGGCGCUGGAGCAGAAGCUGGUAAUUCCCAAUCUGCGAACAGACGCUUCGGAUGAGCAAUACGAGGGAGCCACAGUCAUUGAACCGACUAGGGGCUACUACGAUGUGCCGAUUGCAACUCUUGAUUUCGCCUCUCUAUACCCUAGUAUCAUUCAAGCACACAACCUUUGUUACACCACACUACUCAACAAAGCUUCCGUCGAGAAGCUAGGUCUCGUCAAGGAUGAGGACUACAUUGUCACCCCGAACAAUGACAUGUUCUGUACAACGAAACAGCGGAAAGGUCUAUUGACUCAGAUUCUGGAGGAAUUGCUGACUGCGCGUAAACAAGCCAAGCGAGAGCUUGCUGUUGAAACCGACCCCUUCAAGAAAGCUGUGCUGAACGGUCGUCAAUUGGCUCUGAAGAUCAGUGCCAACAGUGUCUACGGUCUCACUGGUGCAACAGUCGGAAAGCUUCCUUGUCUUGCCAUUGCUAGUAGUACCACAAGCUAUGGCCGUCAAAUGAUCGAGAAGACGAAGGAAGAGGUCGAGAAAAAGUACACUAUCGCCAAUGGCUAUAGCCACGAUGCUCAGGUCAUCUAUGGUGAUACCGAUUCCGUCAUGGUCAAGUUUGGUUGCAAGGAACUUGUUGAGGCGAUGAAGCUCGGAGAGGAGGCGGCAGCGUAUGUCUCCUCUAAGUUCAUCAAGCCGAUCAAGCUUGAAUUUGAGAAGGUCUACUACCCGUACCUGCUGAUCAACAAAAAGCGUUAUGCUGGGCUAUACUGGACAAAUCCUGACAAAUACGACAAAAUGGACACCAAGGGCAUCGAGACAGUCCGGAGAGACAAUUGUCGGCUGGUACAGAAUGUAAUUGAGACUGUACUGCGCAUGAUCUUGAUUGAUAGGGAUGUACAGGGUGCUCAAGACUACGUCAAGGAUACCAUCUCAGACCUCCUCCAGAACAAAAUCGACAUGUCUAAACUCGUCAUCACCAAAGCCCUCGCAAAAGCAGACUACACAGCCAAGCAAGCUCACGUUGAGCUUGCAGAACGCAUGAAAAAGCGCGAUGCAGGCUCAGCCCCCACCCUCGGCGAUCGAGUUGCCUAUGUAAUCAUCAAAGGCGCAGCAGGCGCCAAGAACUUCGAGCGCUCCGAAGACCCUAUAUUUGUUCUCGAGAAUAAUAUCCCCGUCGACACGAAAUACUACCUUGACAAUCAACUUGCCAAGCCUCUGGGUAGAAUCUUUGAGCCUAUUCUGGGGGAGACGAAAGCCAACAGUCUGUUGGCAGGUGAUCAUACACGCUCCAUCUCCGUCGCAGCGCCCUCUAUCGGUGGACUCAUGAAAUUCGCAAAAAAGACAUUCACGUGUAUGGGGUGCAAGAAGCCCCUCGUUGGCAAAGACGAAGUCGGCGGCGCUGUCUGCUCGAAUUGUGCGCCUAGAGUAGGAGAACUGUAUCAGAAGACUCUGAGUAAAGUCAGUGACUUGGAGGUGAGAUUCGGGCGUUUGUGGACACAGUGUCAGCGGUGUCAAGGGAGCAUGCACUGUGAGGUUAUUUGCUCGAGUAAGGAUUGUCCAAUCUUCUAUAUGCGGAUGAAAGCGAAGAAGGACGUGGAGGACGCGGGGAAGGAGCUGGUGCGAUUCGAUCGUGAUGCUGCCGCCUGGUAG